AGUAGAACAAAAAAUAUGCCGCAACGUUCACCAUUCGCCAUACAAGAGCUGCUCGGCUUGAGCAAUUCAGCUGCAGCAGCAGCAAAAACACACGAACCCAGCGAAAGCGGCAGCGAGCUCAAAGACACGCACACGCCAACUGCAAAUAAAAAAGAACAUGCGACUACUGACGGCACACCGCCGUCACCUACAGUUAUAUCAGUACGUACACCAUCACCCAAACAAGCAGCGCCGACGGCCAGUAGCAGCAGCAGCAGUGCAACCACUUCAUUAAGCACAACCGCAACUGUGGGCUCGAGUGUGCCCGCACUGUCGGCGUCCGUGGUCACUGCGACAGCAAGUGGCAGUAUUGCAGCAGCCUCGUUUAGUGCAGCUGCCGCCGAACAGCAACAACAACAUGCUGCACAUCAACAACAGCAGCAGCAGCAACAACAUCAUCACCACCACAUGACAAUGGCUGCUGCUGCUGCCUCCCGCAUGGCCUACUUCAAUGCACAUGCCGCGGUUGCAGCUGCCUUUUUGCCACAUAAUUUGGGCGGUGGCGGCGCUGCUGCCCAACAUACUACCAAUUUGCAUGCACUGCAACAACAUCACAAUCAUCAUCAUCAUCACCGGUUGCAACUGCAGUCACAUCAUUCAUCGCACGGCCAUGCGCCGCAUCAUUUGUUGCAUGCACAGGGCUUUCCACCAAUAAAAAGCUUUGGCAUACCCGGCGGCUGUUUGUCAGGUCCUCUGUCAAGCAAGGAUUUCACACUUGAUGGUAUAAAUGGUUUUGGUGGCAAGAAAAAGAAGAAGAAACGUCGACAUAGUCGUACGAUAUUCACUUCAUAUCAAUUGGAAAAACUCGAAGAGGCCUUCAAAGAAGCACACUAUCCAGAUGUGUAUGCUAGAGAAAUGUUAUCAUUGAAAACCGAGUUACCUGAAGAUCGGAUACAGGUUUGGUUUCAAAAUCGUCGCGCCAAAUGGCGUAAAACGGAGAAAUGUUGGGGACGCAGCACAAUUAUGGCCGAGUAUGGAUUGUAUGGAGCGAUGGUGCGCCAUUCGUUGCCACUGCCGGAGACCAUAAUCAAAUCGGCGAAGGAGAACGACUCAGUGGCACCGUGGCUACUAGGUAUGGAGACGGAAAGUAUGCAUCGCAAAUCGAUAGAAGCCCAGCAGACAUUCAAAGAUGACUCCGGCGUUAGCGAUCACGAAGACUCGGCUGGUUCCAAAUCCAAUGACGAAACGCAACGUCUCAGCUCCUCCACUGAAUCGCUGAAUGUUGUUAGUCCGGGCCCAAUACACGAGCGCACGCGCAUAUCCUCGACUGCGACCACACCCACCGCCACCACAGCUUCAUCAUCAUCGCCGCACAUCGAUUUGAGCAGCCCCUCACCACCGUCAGCACAUGCUUCAACCGCCACGUUGGCAUUACAGCUAUCACCAUUGCAACAGCAUCAGCGGCACUUGUUUCAACAAGCGCUUGCACCACCAACCGCACAACCCUCGUACCACCCGCUGAUGGAUGCGGCCAAUGCCAGCGCUGGUGCGGCGACCAGCAAAGAUUUCCACAUGAUCAUGAAUACGGCUGUGGCAGCGGCAGCGGCAGCCGCUGCAGCCAGUGGUACUGCCACUGCUGUUGGUGGUAGUGCUGCAGCGGCUGGUGGUCUACAUCAUCAUGGUAGUAGCGCUGCCACGGCGUACACAACGCACGAAUAUGAUCCGGACACAUUUCGCAAUAACUCGAUCGCUUGUUUACGCGCCAAAGCGCAGGAACACCAGGCGCGUCUGCUCAACAGCGGGCUCUUCUUGCAGGUGCGCUCAUUUGCAGGGUUUCAAGCCAACAGCAAUGCUGCGGGAGUCAACAAUAACGCCAGUAAUCGCUUAGCUGCCGCUGCUAAUAUCAACAAAAGCAACAACAACAAUGAGUUCAUAAAAAUUGCAGAUGAAGUGGACGGUGCUCGAUGUUCACCUGUAAAUUUCGGUGGAAUUUGCAAUGCAGAUGGCAGUAGUAACAACAUGGAUUUCUGUUUGCCCAUUGCAAACGCCUUGCAACAACAACAACAGCAGCAACAAUUGAAAUUGGAGCGCAUUAAAGUAUUGGAGUAG